AUGAAUCCGGCUUCCUCCGGCGUCCACGAGGCAGUCGGCCCGCUCCACGCUUCCAACUCCAGGUCGCCGCCGCCCACUCUCGCCGCCAUGGCUUCCUCGUCGUCGGCCUCGGCCCCUUCUUCCUCCUUCUCACAACCUCAUCUGGCUACCACCUCGCCACCAUCGCCCCCGCCACCACCCCCUCCAGCAGCAAGCAUCGCCAACGCCGCUUCCGUCGCCACCAUCGCUUUCCCAACCGCGCCUGCACCACCUACUCCAUUGGCGCCGCCGCCUGCUCCCUCUGCAUCCACUCGCUCCCUGCGCAGCGCUCCCGGCUCGGCCACCUCCUCAGCAAGGCAAAGCCGCUCCUCGUCGCCAGCACCCGCGCCUCCGCUCCGUACAAUAUCCCAAGGUCAUCGCUCGAGCAUCGCCGACCCUCCCUCGGCCACCGCCAACGUCAAUGCCACCGGAAGCGCAAUCUCAACCUUGACCUCCCUCGAGCGACGCCAGAUCACAGACAGCCUCAGAGCACACAAACGCUCCAGCUCGCUCGCCACGCUCAAGUCGUUUGCUUCCGUCUCCAAUCCAUCCUUGCCCAUCAACCGUGCAUCGCAUCCACAACCACACCCAUCCAACCAAGCUUCCUCAGCAUCCACCUCGGCAAACAUGCCUGCGCCAACACAUCCGCCUUACAAACGCGCGCAAUCCCACCGCGUUGCGCGAACCCACUCGGCAGCCCCACCCUACACGCGUCCCUCCGAGCCACCAUCAUCACCGCACGGCGCCCCUACCCAGCCCCGCCAUCACGUCGAUCCCACCCAUCCCGCAUCCCUCGACGAAGCCGAACGCGAGCGUCAGCGUCUCAAGGCCGCCGCCGCCGCCAAGCUCGCAGAACAGGAAGCGUGGGAAAAGACCAGGGGCGCGGGAAGCGCCGUCCUCGACUUGCUCAAACUCCCCGACCUCAGCGAUGACGACGCCGAUGCAGGUCCUUCCUCGGGCUCCAACGACACUUCCACUCGAAGCACACGCGCCAACACCCCCGCUUCCGCUUCCGGCUCCGGUACAAGCGGUCUCAGCAUCCCGCCAAGCAGUGGCAGCAGCGGCAGCAGUAGCAGCAACAACAACAAUGGCAAUGGCAAUGGCAACGGCAACGGCAACGGGCUCGAAGCCUCUUCAAGCUCUUCCAACACUCGACCUCGUCGCUCCAAGGAGCGUCGCACGCCACCCAGACUAUCGCGCUCAUGGGCCGCAGCACGCGUCCUCCCUUCGCUCGACGAGGUCCAGUCGCGGCGUCACGAUCCCGUCAUCGUCACCUCCGCCGACAAGCUCCUCACACGAGGCAUCUCCGAAUAUACCCUUCUCCCAAAGAUCCUCGGUCGCGGCAAGUUCUCCAGCGUCUUUCUCGCGUCCAAGCCACACGGUCCCACCGGAGAUCCUCAGCUCUUUGCCAUCAAGCAUACCCCGCUCUUUCCCCAUCACCCCUUGAUCGCAACUCGCCUUCUCCGCGAGCCCACGCUGCUGGCCGAACUCCCUCCGCACCCAAACCUCGUCAACGUCUACGAGACCAUACGCACUCCCGGCCACUUCUACCUCGUCGAGGAGUAUCUUGACGGAUACGUCACCCUUGAGGCUCUCCUUCCCAUGCGCUCCGAACAGUCGCCGCCCCAUCACCCCAUCUUGCCCACCGGCGUCGCCAAUUGCAUCCUCGACCAGCUCCUCUCCGCCGUGCACGCCAUCCACCAUCCGCUUCAGAUCUGUCAUCGCGACAUCAAACCCGAAAACAUCCUCGUACAUCCAGAUACCCUCCAGCUCAAGCUGCUCGACUUUGGCCUCGCCACCCACUUCAGCCGCAGCGACGCAAAGCUCUCCACCUGCUGCGGCAGCCCCGCCUUCCACUGCCCCGAGAUCGUCACCGCUCUCCGCAACCCCGUCGGCACCGUCCACUACUGGGGGCCCGAAGUCGAUGCAUGGACGUGCGGAAUCACCAUGCUCCGUCUGCUCACCGGCGUCCGCUAUCCCAUCGGCGCUUCCCACACCAGCGUACGCUCCAUGGCCAUCCGUGCCCAGCGCGCCGUCGCCACCAUCCACGAUCCAGAGCUCCGCGACCGCGUCGCAAAGCUGCUCGAGAUCAACGGCGAGCGUCGUAUGCGCUACUUUGACGAACUCGUCAACGCGCUCGACUCGUCCACCGACGAGCCCAACCGCGGUGUCAAAGACUUCAAAAGCACCACCUACAUCCCCGUCGAGCCGCAGCACAAGAUGAACCUUCCGCUCGUCGUCGGUCCAGCAGCCGAGGCGGCGCUCACCUCGCCUCUUCUCCCCAGCGGCGCCACUCCGACUGCCUCAAAGCGCACCACUCCGAUGAAUUCGCGUCCCACUUCGCCCACCUUCGCCAAUGUCGACGUCUCGGAUGCCAACCUCUCGCCCGCUCCCAGCCUCCUGCUUAGCAACCCGAGCUACCAGCCGCCCCAGCGCGUGCUUUCCUACAUCAAGUACUGCCUCCGAUGCGCUGGCAUUCUCUAUCACUGCUGGCCCGACAUGAGCUCUAGCGCCAGUCUUCCACCCACGCCCGGUCCCUUCGACGCGGCCUUCCAAGACUUCAACAACGCCAAUGCGCCUACAGCCGCUGCCGGUGCAAGUGCCUCCGCCUCGGGCUCUUCAGCGUCUCGCACUGGCGACACGCCCGUGUCUGCCCAGUCAGAAGGAUGCGUCGUGCCCGCCACACUUUCGCCCAGCACGCCGUUUCCGAUUCAAGCCGCCCGAUCCGAGCGCGAUCCGUACUCGCACAUUCACAUCUUUGAGUGUGUCCUCGAGCUCGUCGAUCCGCCCGCAGACCAAGCCGACGAGGAGCCUCAGAGCCUGGUGCAGUCCAUCUUCAGCGCGCUCAGCUUCGGCAGACGCCCUGCCAAUCGACGUUCGCUCUCUACACCACCCAAACCCGAGAGCUUGCGCGCCACCGGCAUGCCAAGGCCACCCGGUACGCCCGCCAAUGCUCCGGUCUCAGGCUCCAGCAGCACAUCAGGAAAAGCAGGCGAUGUCAAGUGCCUCACCUUCUACCUCGUCCUCCGCUUCCCACGACGCCCCUCUGGACACGUCAGCUUCGUCGGCCCGCGUCCAUCGUACAGCCGCUCCUCCAGCGUCGCCGGUCGCUCCCAACGCACACGCUCGCGAGCCUCGUCUGCCGUUGGCGCCGACCGAGACGCGCGCGAGCUGCACCGCGAUGCCAGUACCGACAGUCUUGCGCGCCUCGGCAGACUGCACAACGCACACAGCGAAUUUGCUGCCGCCAUCCAUCCGUCCCGCAAAGCCAUGAUCGAUUCGAAUCACACCACACCUCGCGCAAGUCGUACAGCCAGUCCCGCUCAUGCGCAUGGCAAUCUCAAGAAACGCGAUGGAAGUAUGGCGUCUCACCGCGAAGGCGACCGUCAUCGACGAGACCCUCACGAGCUCGAACGCAGCAGCCUCGGACUCACCAUCGAGACAUCUCCAGAGCUGCUCCGCCUCGCUGCCAAGCAGAGUUCGGCGCAGAACAGUCCGUCGCCCCAGUCGGCUCCCAACUCGAGGGCGACCAGCCGUGCACGCUCGCGCAAGUCGAGCCGAGCUCGUGGAAUGAGCGCCUCGCAUCGCAGUCACGCAUCCAACAAGGUCUUUGUGCAUGUCACCGACACGCGCGCUCUCGAUGCGGUCCGCAAGGCGCUCAGCAUUGGCGGCACCACCACCGACUACAAUCCUGACAUCGAGCCCGACUACGAUGACGCCGGCGCGCUCUGGGCAAGCCCAGACUUGCGUGCGCGUGAAGCGGUGCUGGGAGAGGACUCCGAUACCGGCUUUUCUGCCGGUGCGCUCGAUCUCAAGUUGCGCCGCCCUGGCUCGAGCCGGCGCCGUCACGCCUCGUAUCGCUUGGCUUCGGGUCUUGCUGGAGCCGCGAGUGAGGAUGCAGACGUCGGUGAGACGCCUACGACUCCUUUCCGCCCGACGUGGUCCGAGAUACCGGCGGGCGCAGGCAAACAGCGCAGCACCAUAUCGCAUGGUAGCGACGAUCACGAGCAAUACUCCCGCGGUCGCUCAUUGGGUCCUGCGGGCAGUGUCUCCGCACCGGCUGCAGGCAUACCCUUCCCAGAGAAUCCCCCGCGUCUCCGGGCUUCGUCGAACCUCGCCUUCGACGUGGUGCAGGAAGAGUCGUCGCCCUCGACCACGGCUCAGUCGGCUUCCCAGUCUCGAACUAUGGUCGACUUGCGGGAGAAGGUGGGUGCCACUGCGACCGCCUCAGCUCCGAAUGAAACCCCGGCCACCGAUGAUGCCGGUGAUUUCGAUUUGUCCGUCACGCUUGCAUCUCUAGCGGCCUUGACCGGCGCUUUCUCGCGCGAGGAUCAACCGCCGAGCUGGGACGAAAUCACCAAGCUAGUCUCGGCAGUCUCAUCGUACUUGCUUCGUGUCCAGGGCGAGGAUCUCGGACGCUUUGCGCAGGAGCUCGACGCGCUCUCCUUUGAUCUUUUCAAGGGCCUGACCCCCGUAGCCGGUGUGGUAGAUCGAGAUUCGGGCGGCACGGUCCAGGCUGCCGACAUGGCACAGCGUCUGCUCGACCUGCUUGGAGAGAACGCGUCAUCGCGCGAGGUGUACAUGGCAGUCGACACUCGAUGCGGCGAGAUGCUCGAGACGCAACCGCUCUACUUCGAGCUCGUCGCGAGCGGCGAGGUGGCAUGGAGUUCGGCGGCCGAGACGAUCUAUCUGAUGCGGCUGUUGAACACGGUGCUUCCGCGCAUCCGCACCAAGAAGCCGCAGGGCUUCUCGCCCGUCUUUGGACGUCUGCCGCAGUGUCUCAUGCUCGGCCUUGACGCCAUGUCCGGAGUGGCUGAGGCUAUGUGCCAGAAACUCGCCGACGAGGCGAUCAAGACGUGUUGCUCGACGGCGCUCAUCGUGGCCGACUGGGAGCUGCACUGCAUGGGCACGUGCGAGAGGGAGCCGGUGCGCAAGACGUCGCGCGAGGUGCUCGGCCGCUUCCUCCAAGGCGUCACCGUGUGUCUGCCGCAUCUGGACGGCGCCAAGCGCGCAUUGGCCGAGGAGCUGUUCUUCUCGCAGAAUCCGCGCUAUGCAAUCGCGGCCGGAGCCGAGGCAAGUUCGGUGAAGCGCAACGAGCCGCUGUUCGCCGAGGUCUCCAAGACGCUCUCGUCGCUCGAGGUGGAUUUGGGCUCGAUCUGGUCGAGCGCGCUGACGAGCAUGGCUCGCGCUCCCGAGGACGACGACACGCGCGAGACGCUCUCGGCGCUUGGCGUGGCGGGCUUUGUGUUGCAUGUGCACCUGCUCUACUCGGGGUAUGCGCGAGAUCGCCCGUCCGAGUGGAAGGGCGUGCGUGCGCAAACCCAGCUCGAAGCUGCGCUGCCCGUGGCGCUGCUCGCGCUCGGCGAGCAGACCAAGGCAGCGGCGUCGCCGGAGCUCGACGAGGGCAAGGAGGAUGCGCUGGCGGACACGAGCCUCGUGUGGAUGCAGUGGUGCAUGCACGGGCUGGAGCGCGACGCUUCCGCGAGCCGGUACAUCCUGUCUGCCGACUUGGCCUCGUGCUUGGCGCAGACGCUGGCCACACAGAGCGUCAUCUCGCCCAGCCCGUCGGCGCGGCUGAUCCGCUUCAAGCUGCUGACGAGUCUGCUGGUGGAUCGGUGCGAAAAGGCGGUGAGCGUGCGGGUGCUGGGCCAGGUGAUCAGCGAGUCGCCGUUUGCACAGCUCCGCGCCGGAGCCAUUUCGAUCCUUCGCACGGCGCUGGCGACGUGGACGGCGCCGAUGCAGGCGGGCCAAGAUGGCGACGAGGUGCCGGUGCAGGGCAUUGUGGCGCUGCUAGGUCAGAUUAUUGUCGUACCAGCAAGGCUAUUGCCGACCAAGGGUAGAGUUUCAGAAGACAAGCAGGCGCAACUGGGAGCAGUGGCAGAAGAGGGCGCAGGGUUGAUCGAGACGCUCUCGCUCCUGUACUCUCUGGAGAUGCAGACGAAGGCCGGGGUUGCGAGCGCGGCACUCGACGGUAUCGUCAGGGGCAUCGACGGGUACAAGGCAUCCUUUGUCGAGCCGCUCGCUGCGGUGGUGGAGGGACUGGGCUCGGUGGAGCCCAACGCAUCAGAUGACAGCGCGGCUCAGCAGCGCAUGCAGCUCCAGCUGGUGCAGAGCGCAUUGCAGCGCCUGCAGUCUUUGUAG